UGUUACCACCCUGACAGUGAAGCUCGUCGCAGCCGUCGCUGCCAUCAAGAUGCACGUGGUGUGCAAGGUCGCGCAGAGGAGCCUACUGCGGAGCCCGGGCGACUUCGAUAUCUCGCUCUGGGGGACGUCGGCAUAUUCGGCGUUCAUCGUGUCGAGCGAUAAGGACAACGUCGACCGUCCGACGGCAAGGAGACACGCUACGAGAGGAGGAAGUGAUAUUUUAUCGUUGCGAACGUACACGAGCGAGCCGGGUCACGAGGCGAGGAGGGGACCGCCGGAGCCGCGCGGACUUCCGCUCAUCGGCACGAUGUUGUCGCUGUUGAUCGCCGGCGGCGGGAAGAAGCUGCACGAGUACGUGGACAAGCGACACCGACAGCUAGGCCCGGUCUACCGCGAGCAGGUCGGACCGGUGCGCGCUGUCUUCGUCAACUCGCCCGACGAGUUCCGGCGGAUCUUCCGGCUGGAGGGCACCAUGCCGCGCCACUUCCUGCCGGAGUCUUGGCUGCUGUACAACGAGAUGCGGCAGCAACGCCGAGGACUGCUCUUCAUGGACGGGGAGGAAUGGUUGCAUUACCGAAGGAUCCUUAACAAGCUGAUGCUGAUGCCGAAUUCGACGGAUCUGAUGUGCGGGCCCUGUCAGGAGGUCGCCGAGAGCCUCACGGAGAACUGGAGGGCCGAGAGCCGUGACGGUGCAACGAUCAGGGACCUGAAAUAUCAGCUUUAUCAGUGGUCUAUGGAAGUAAUGUUGGCGAUCCUCAUGGGCUCGCGAUGGUCAGAUUGUAAGCAGCAAAUGGCUCCUAGAUACGAGUACUUGGCGCUGAUGGUGCACAAGAUUUUCGAGCAAUCCGUCGUGUUAUCGAUGAUGUCGGCCAAGUUGGCGAUGCGGCUGAAACUGUCGAGCUGGACGAAGUUUGUUGCGACCGCUGACACGAUCCUGGACACGGUGCACAUCAUGGUACCGGAACUGAUCCAGUUAGGCGGCGACGGUUUGCUAUCGUUGAUGGUGAACAAUGGUAUCCAAGGUGAAGAUGCCAUUAGAAUCAUCACUGACUUCAUCAUUGCCGCUGGCGACACGUCCGCGACUACGAUGCAAUGGGCAUUGCUGUUACUUAGCGGUUGUCCCGAACUGCAAGACCAGUUGUUCGACGAUAUCAAGUACCUGUCACCGGAGGAGACCACGCAGCAUCCUCUGCUAAAGGGCGUGUUGAAAGAGACGCUGAGGCUGUAUCCCGUGGCACCGUUCCUCACAAGAUAUAUGGCGGCCAACAAUUUCAUCGGCGAUUACUUCGUGAGAAAGGAGGACUUGGUGAUCCUAUCGGUCUGGUCGAGCGGCCACAGCGCAAAGUACUUCCCGCAGCCAGAAGAGUUCCAGCCAGAGAGAUGGAUUAGAAUGGAGUCGGGUAAUUAUCAGGCUGUAAAUCAUCCAUACGGCACAUUGCCGUUUGCGUUGGGCGCAAGAAGCUGCAUCGGCCGCAAACUCGCGGAAACGCAAAUAUAUCUCACGCUGGCGCAGCUAAUUAAAAACUUCAGAAUCGACUGCGAGAAUCGUGAGCGCAUAAAAAUGAUUUUAAACAUGAUCACUGUACCGUCAGAACCCAUUAAGCUAAAAAUGACAGAAAGGACAGUGUGAAUAACUGAUUUUCAGUAAUCAGCAGCCGAAAAAGUUCGACGGACGAAACACGUAAAGUGGAUCCAAUUACCCUUGACAAUGCGAUGCGAAUCAAAUUAAGAUUAACGUCCUUAUUUUACUCAUUAUUUGUUGUUAGGUGUACAUGCAUGUGUAAAAAAUAUUAUAUACACAUUACACGAAUUUUUGUAUGUAUAUAAUAUUUUGUAGGAUUUGUAGGUUUUAUAUUAUUUAACAAACAUACGUGUAUAGUAAACGCGGAAACGAAUGUAUACUUCUCUCAUCGCUCGUCGUUAUGUGAUUCUCGUCAAGAGAAGCCGUAAUUUUUGUGGAUUUUUUAACAUUUUAAUCUUUGACAUUAUCGCCUUUUGGCAUAGUUUGAGGAGAUCGUUUUAAAUCUCACUCUUUUACACGUCAUGAAGAUUAUAAUCGUGGACACUAUCAGAUUGAUAUUAUAUCGAUGCAAUUGCUGCAAUUUAAGAAAUUAUUCAUUAUUCUGACGAUUCUUGGAUUGACGGAUAUUGAAAUCAAGUUUACAAGUUUUCCAGACGUUUUUAACUAUUUAUUUAACAUUAGGAUAUCAAGCGGCCUGCGAUUGAAAAAACCGUUUACACGUGUCAAUCAUUUAGUUGCCACGAUUUUCUCUACAUUUUCGAUGACACUAGAAUGAAAAAUAUGACACGGCACUUGACACUUUGCGACGCGCACAUAUUUAUUACUGCUUGUAUCUUAUAAUUUCGAAUUGAUAUUUUUUUUAUUUUGUCGAGACGUAAAGUAAAACUCAUGUCGAUACGAGGUGAUAUUGAUGUGUGUGAAUUGAUUUUGUAAAUGACGACGAGCCCAAGAUAUGUUCAAUAGUAUAACGAAUAAAUGCAAUUUUCAAAUAUAUAUACGUUAAAUCUUCAUUUAAACGUAAAGGAUCAAUGUCGAGAAUAAGUGUUAAUCAAAUAAGAGAGCAAUUUUGAUGUAACGUGUCAAUAUCAGAAUUAGUUAUUUGACAAGGCCUUCUAUAGCACUUGAUAGUUGCUCCCUUAUUGUAUUAAUAUAACUGUAUAACAUUUAAAAAUUUUAUAAAAUACGUCACAUUGUGUGUGUGUGUGUGUGUGUGUGUGUGUGUGUGUGUGAAAAGUACAGUGGAAUCUCAUUGUACAGUGGCUGCGGGUUAAGAUUUAAAAAUUUCAGGAUUUUUAUUUCAUUCAGUGUAUAUACAAAUGCUUCGAGCACAUGUGCGGCCGUCGUGAAUACAUCUCUCGCUGAUGUACUUUAGCACAAUUCACGGAAUAUAUACAGCAUUAAUAUAGAUACAAUAUCGUUGUGAAUACGUAUGAUCGUCCCGCAAUUUACAGGGUUCCGCGAGUAACCGGAAGUCCGCUACGGAUAAAAACAAACCAACUACAAGCCGUGAUAAUUGGAUUCACUCGUUUUUAUUUUUUCUUCCCCUUUUCUCAUUCUAGAGAGACCGUUUCCGAGCAUUCGGAUCCAUUUAGAACGAGGUAGAGCCGAAAGCUCUUUAAUUUAACGUUGCACUCUAAGAUGUACUUGCAUACAUCUUUUUUUCCCCUUUUCCCCUUUCCUACGUUCGUAUUUUGCGAGAUACAGCCGAUGUCUCAUCUACAUAUAAAUAAAUAUAUAUUAGUAAAAAGCUUUAAAUAUAGACGUUGAACGAUCCAAUGUACAAUUCUUCGGAGUUUCUGCUAGAGAAAAAUAAGCGUUAUCAAAUUAAGGCUCCCGUAUAUUCGCCAUUGGUCUUGUUUUACGACGACAUCAGAAGCGAGAAAAUCCAUGGACAUUUCUUGCGUACAUAUUCAAAUAUAAAGAUACGCCCACCAAAUGACGCUUAUGAUCAAUUUAGCACUUACAAAAUACACCGAACACUUUACCUUCGCCCGAACAAUCCAUAAAUAGCAAUCAAUAAAUCAACGAAACACAACAAUCAACAAAUGUCAAUAAAUAUGUAAAAUGUGACAAGAUCGUGAGAAAUAAUAAGAGGGGAAAGUUACGUUAAUUUCACAUUCACAUUAAAGUCACGUUAAUUUUACAGUCAUUUAUUAUUAAUUUCUAGAGCAAGAGGAAAGUGUUCGAAGUAUUUUCCAAGUGUCCCGAAUCGAUGUCAUAAAUGUCAUUUUGUGCGAGUAUAUUUGAACGUACACCGGAAGAAUUCUCGGCAAGCGUUUC